AACCUUUGCACAACAUUUCUCCAUUUUACAGACUAAGCAAAGGAAAAUGUAAAUGCUGGUGAGAAAUGUGAGAGUGGAGAGACGGCAGGUGAACUAGCUGGAGGAAACAACAAGGCUCAUUUGACUGCAAGGAGAGGAUGCCAGCUUAAUUUCAACUAAUACACAGGAUGAUAACGCUGCCAGCACCUUUCACUUGAACUGAGGAGUCCCCUGUCACUCAACCUUGCCACCUAGUGGAGCUUUAAAGGUUUAACUCCCUGCUGGUCAACAGAGAUCUGCCAGACAACUACCUCCCUCAUCUGGGGAGAUGCCUGCCCUGCAACAUUUCCCACAGAUCCCAUUUAUUUUGCACCUGCUGAAGACAACACAGCACUAAGCAGCUUUGCACAUUUACAAACAUCUGUUGGUGAAGAAAUUAAAACCUCCUCUCCAGCAACAGUUACAGGAGUUCAAGAGAUUCCCAAUUAGCAGGUCACAAAAACAGCUGUUUGACUGACAUACGUGUGAUAUGCACACAUGAUCCAUGUUUCUAUGUUAGAGUUGAUGGUGCCCCAAAGCAAGAGCAACCAACAAGAAGCAAAUUGAGCCACACAGGAGAAGUCUGUCCCUGAAAGAGACUGUAAAAACGAAAGCUAAGCCAAAUGGAUCCAUCAUCAAACGGCACGCUCACUACAGCUACACUACCAGCAACACAAAAUGACACUUUGGCAAACAAGACAACAAAAUACCAGUCUCACAACUGGGAGUUCCUGGUGGCUGUCCUGGUCACAGCCAUCUCUGUCUCCAUCAUCAUCGCCCUUCUGGCUAAAUGCCAGGUGGUCCGGCGUUACCUGGCCAGCUACAGGCACACGAGGCUGAGGGAGACAGACACCAUCAGCCAUUGCGAUCCUGCAGGCCUGGAGGUGGAAUUCGCCAUGCACAGUGGACGUGGAAUUAACCCUCACUGCAUCCCUCCUGAAGGCGAGGAUGAUGAUGACGGCUUCAUCGAGGACAACUACAUCCCAGCCAGCGAGAGAGCGAGGGCUGAAAGAGCAGCAGAGAACAUGGAGGACACGGAGGAAGAGAUGGAUGAAAUCGAAUUUACCAUUGCUUAGCAGGACUGUCGAUACACCGCCUCAGCUGUUUAAACCACUGAAAAACCAACACCACUCCCAUGCUGUCUUUACUUUUGAGGAAGAUUUAUAUUGUCACACAUAAAUAGUUGAAAAAAGUUCAGGAAGGCAUAAAUUUGUGAACAGCAGUGUUGUGCUGAAUGUAAACAAACAUUUCACUCUGCACUAAAAAGUAGUGUUUUGUCAGUGACACAUAGGUGUAAAUACAGUGGGUGAAUAAUAUGAUUGAACUUCUUUAAUGAUAAGCCUAUUCAACUGUUUUACAUAUUAUAGAGUGCUGUUGGUAGUAACUUAAACAACACAGGACGCUGUGAGGCUCUGCAAAGUGGUGACCAUUUGUUCUUUAUAAAACAGCUUUCAGACAGAUCAUCAGCUUAAUGAGCAAAAACCUAAUUUCUAUUUAUAUCUUUCUGAUAGUGUCGUUACAGCACCACUGUGCAUUGUGAUUCUUGUGUAGACGUUUUAGGAAAAAAAGGGUACAAAACUAGCUAACUGCUACAACCAAAAAUGUAGGCCGAUUACAGCCUAGGCUACUUGUAGGAUACCUGUUAUUUUUAGGAUGAUAUCAAUAGACUGUACCUGGGUUCAGUAGGCUACCUUAUUAACUCUACUAGACUCAUGCGGUUUGGUCAGGAAAGUGUCAAUAAAUAUGCGGAAGCAGCCUGGUCUGUCUGCAUGGGUCAGGUCUGAUUUUAAAUCUAAA